AUGGUACUGCAGGUGGAGGAGAGGGUACGGUGUGACCCAGGCCAGGCCACCAAGUACCUGUACGAGCUGCUCUACAACGACCCCAUCAAGAUCAUCCUCAUGCCGGGCUGCAGCUCCGUCUCCACGCUGGUGGCGGAGGCCGCCAGGAUGUGGAAUCUCAUUGUGCUUUCCUAUGGCUCCAGCUCACCAGCCCUGUCGAACCGGCAGCGCUUCCCUACGUUCUUUCGAACUCACCCGUCAGCCACCUUGCACAAUCCCACCCGUGUGAAACUUUUUGAGAAGUGGGGCUGGAAGAAGAUCGCCACCAUCCAGCAGACCACUGAAGUCUUCACGUCGACUCUGGAUGAUCUGGAGGAGCGCGUGAAGGAGGCUGGGAUUGAGAUUACUUUCCGCCAGAGUUUCUUCUCAGACCCAGCUGUGCCCGUCAAGAACCUGAAGCGCCAGGACGCCCGCAUCAUCGUGGGACUUUUCUAUGAGACUGAAGCCCGCAAAGUGUUCUGUGAGGUGUACAAGGAGCGGCUCUUCGGGAAGAAGUACGUGUGGUUCCUCAUUGGCUGGUACGCGGACAACUGGUUCAAGACCUAUGACCCGUCCAUCAACUGCACCGUGGACGAGAUGACCGAGGCGGUGGAGGGCCACAUCACCACUGAGAUUGUCAUGCUGAACCCUGCCAACACCCGCAGCAUUUCCAACAUGACAUCCCAGGAAUUUGUGGAAAAACUGACCAAGAGACUGAAAAGACACCCCGAGGAGACGGGGGGCUUCCAGGAGGCCCCGCUGGCUUACGAUGCCAUCUGGGCCUUGGCCCUGGCCCUGAACAAGACCUCGGGAGGGGGUGGCCACGCGGGCGUGCGCCUGGAAGACUUCAACUACAACAACCAGACCAUCACCGACCAGAUCUACCGGGCGAUGAACUCCUCGUCCUUCGAGGGCGUCUCCGGCCACGUGGUGUUUGAUGCCAGCGGCUCUCGGAUGGCAUGGACGCUUAUUGAGCAGCUCCAGGGUGGCAGCUACAAGAAGAUCGGCUACUAUGACAGCACCAAGGAUGACCUCUCCUGGUCGAAAACAGAUAAGUGGAUUGGAGGGUCUCCUCCUGCUGACCAGACCCUGGUAAUCAAGACAUUCCGCUUCCUGUCACAGAAACUUUUUAUCUCCGUCUCGGUUCUCUCCAGCUUGGGCAUUGUCCUAGCUGUUGUCUGUCUGUCUUUUAACAUCUACAACUCCCACGUCCGCUACAUCCAGAACUCACAGCCCACCCUGAACAACCUGACGGCUGUGGGCUGCUCGCUGGCCUUGGCUGCUGUCUUCCCCCUGGGGCUGGACGGGUACCACAUCGGGAGAAACCAGUUCCCCUUUGUCUGCCAGGCCCGCCUGUGGCUCCUCGGCCUGGGCUUCAGUCUGGGCUACGGCUCUAUGUUCACCAAGAUCUGGUGGGUCCACACGGUCUUCACCAAGAAGGAGGAGAAAAAAAGUGGGGGAAGGGGAGUUGGGGCUUUCNNAACUGUCGCCACGGUGGGCCUGCUGGUGGGAACGGACCCCUCACUCCUCGCCGUGUGGCAGAUCGGCCCCUUGCACCGGACCAUCGAGACUUUCGCCAAGAAGGAGCCGAAGGAAGACAUCGAUGUGUCCAUCCUGCCGCAGCUGGAGCACUGCAGCUCCCGCAAGAUGAACACGUGGCUCGGCAUUUUCUAUGGCUACAAGGGGCUGCUGCUGCUGUUGGGUAUCUUUCUUGCUUAUGAGACCAAGAGUGUGUCCACCGAGAAGAUCAAUGACCACCGGGCGGUGGGCAUGGCCAUCUACAAUGUGGCGGUCCUGUGCCUCAUCACCGCGCCCGUCACCAUGAUCCUGUCCAGCCAGCAGGACGCAGCCUUCGCCUUCGCCUCUCUCGCCAUCGUCUUCUCCUCCUACAUCACGCUGGUGGUGCUGUUUGUGCCCAAGAUGCGCAGGCUGAUCACCCGAGGGGAAUGGCAGUCGGAGGCUCAGGACACCAUGAAGACCGGGUCCUCGACCAACAACCACGAGGAGGAGAAGUCCCGGCUGCUGGAGAAGGAGAACCGGGAGCUGGAGAAGAUCAUCGCCGAGAAAGAGGAGCGAGUCUCCGAACUCCGCCGCCAGCUCCAGUCUCGGCAGCAGCUCCGCGCACGGCGCCCCCCUCCCACACCCCCGGGCCCCUCUGGGGGCCUGCCCAGGGGCCCCCCUGAGCUCCCCGACCGGCUGAGCUGUGAUGGGAGUCGAGUCCAUUUGCUUUACAAGUGAGCGGGUGUGGGGAGGACAGGCCCGUAGGGGAGGGAAGUGGAGAAGCCAGGCUCCCCACCCUCCUGUAAAUACAGCCCCUCUGGGCACAGACCUUCUGCCCUGGUUCAUCCAUAUGAUGCCGUCACCUCUCCCCUCAGCCUCACCACACCCUCUCCCUUCCUGCCCCCUCGGGGAGUGCUCCCGGGGCUGUGUCGGGUGAUGAAGGAGCAGCAGCGUGGGCAGGUUUGGGAGCUGCUUCCAGUGGGUAGUCGGUGAGAAUUCUGACCAAGGCAGCAUCCCUGGCUGCCGACCUGGCUCGAUGGGCCGUGGGGAGCGGGUGUGUCCCUGCACAUGUGUGUCUCGGGGACCCCCCUGAGUCUCAAUAAACCAGUGAGCACCUGUC